CCUGCUCGCGCACAGCCCCCCUCACACCUUCAGUUACUCUCAUGUGACAACCCCAAUCCCAAGACCAGUUCAACUUCAGAAAACUUUUCAUGACUAUUUCCCACCCCCUCCCUUCAACUACCGCUAUCGCCUAGUUUUAUCCAAACAAAAAAAAACACACGCUCACGUACUGAAACCAAACAUGAAUCCGAGGACCAUCAUCACGGUGGAGCCGGUGAUCUUUCUGUAUUUGGCAUCGACCUUCUUAAACGCUUUCGCCUUACAGAGGCUUGUGUUGGUGAAGAUUUGCGAAGACCUAUAUAAUAAAGAGGAUAUAUGUGGAAAUCUCUCACUUCAUCCUGAUGAAUCACUAGUUACCCAGAGCAAAGCUGCCUAUGUUCUACUUCUGUACACAGCUGUGUUGACUAUCUUGUCCAUACCUCCGUCAAUUUUACUUGGUGCCUGGUCUGAUCAAGCAGGGCGCAAACUUGGCAUGAUAUUACCCAGUAUUGGUGCAUUAAUUGGUGGGGCUAUAUUGAUAGUGAUGGUGCAGGUUAAAGACAUGUCUGUCUAUUGGUGUGUUUUUGCCUCUGCAUUAAUAGGGAUCUUUGGAAAUUAUGUUGCCAUUUUCCUCAGUGUCUUCAGUUACGUGGCUGACAUCACAAAAGAUGGGAACCGUACUAUGCGUAUUGGCAUUGUACAGUCAAUGACCUAUAUUGGGGGAACUGUUGGGUAUCUCUUGAGUGGAUGGUUGCUUCAGAAUUACACCUUUACACAUGUUUUUGGUGUGUAUUGUGGCUGUCAAGUGAUAUCUAUUUUCUACGUACUGCUGUGGUUGCAGGAGUCAAAUUCUCCUGAAAGGAUGGACCUAACUGAUGAAGUAGCUGGCACAACUAAUGAUAGGAUCUUGAAAAAAGGUAUAUUUUUAUAUGCUUCAAGAACAUGGGAAACAUUUUCAAAGGUGCGAGGAGGACAAGACCGAUUGAAGCUCUACUUGAUUUUCCUCUGUGUCUUCUUGAUAUAUAUUUGCAGUACUGGUGAACAGUCUAUUCUGAUUUUAUUUUUAACGUACCCACCACAACACUUUUCAGUUGAACUUUAUGGAAUAUACAGUGCAAUUAAGAUGUUUCUUGGAGGGGCUACUUUAAUUGGUCUCUUUCCAUUCAUGUUGCACUGCGUCAAAGAAAUGACAUUAGCCAAAGUGGGUGUGUUGGCAAGAUUAGCGUCCCUUGUGCUGCUAGGCUUUUCCACACAAACCUGGAUGGUAUUUCUGAGUGCGGUAAUAAACAGCUUUUCUGGAUUCACUGGAGCUGUGCUUCAGUCUCUGGCAUCUAGUAUCGUAGAACGAAAUGAACAAGGUGCAAUGUUUUCUUGCAUGGCUUCUAUAGAAACAAUCUGUGUUAUAAUUGGGACAACUGUAUUUGAUGCACUGUAUCCUCAAACACUGACAUCGUUUCCUGGAUUUAGCUUCGUUGUGAUGGCAGGCUUCCAAGUGAUUCUGUUGAUUCUUGUACACAACUGUAAUAUCUUUUGCAAACUUCCUUCCUGGUUGAUGGGAGUUGGAUACUGGAGACAACUGCAGUCUGUGAACUAAGCAGAGGAUCGACUCUAGUAUUUGAUAACUUCUGUAUGCUGUAGUAGCAACACUGACCAUUUAAAGGGGGAUGGUGGAUGGUUUUUUGAGGUCACCUCAGGGCAUGGUCAUCAAAAGUUGGUGCUGCUCUUUGCAUUUUUCUUGAAUUAGUUGGGCAGUGGUAUUUAUGUCUGUGGUGUAUCUUGAUGGAUGAAAACUGGACUGUGACUCCAGAAGGAGCUGCUCGGCCAUCAGGAGGAGGGAAGGAGAGGAUCUUUUCUGAUUGCAGCAACUACAGUGGCUACCAAUCAGACUUGUCUCAAUUCUUGAAAUGACCCUGGCACAAACCCCUCUUCCUGAAUUAUGAAGUUGUGCAUCCGUGUCAGGAACAUAUCUCCACUGUGUUUCAGAAUUUCAGAGGGUUUCCAAAUGCUUCAGAGACUUUGUUUUUUAGCCUUUGAUACUGUCAACUAUGAAAGAUUAUAGAGUAUCUUUUUCAAAUUUGGCAUCAUUCAGAAAUGUACAACCAUCCUACGCCUACUCCACGAUGACAUGCAAGACAUGAUCCUCACCGAUUGGGAUAAACAGAGAACCUACUUCAGUGAGGAUUGGGAUCUUUGAGUUAUCCCACUGCACCAACUAUCUCCUUCAUCUUCCUCGCUGCAAUCCAGCUCCUCACCUCCAGCAGAUCACCCACAGGUGAGUAGAUAAUCUGCAGGAGAGGAAACUGUUCAAGCUACUCCACCUUCAAUCCAAAACCAAAAUCAGUACAACAUCAAUCACUGGGCUCUAGAAUGAAAAUAAAAAAUAUUUGUGUGUAUGUGCUCACCUGGAAACUGAGCUCCAGGUCAUUUUGACUCCUCUGACAAAGCACUUGAGAAAACAAGCCUCUCAUUAAACAACUGGAAAACCAAGAUCGUUUUCCAACUAUCUCCGAGAGUGUAACACUUCCUCCUAAUGAUUUAAGAUCGGUGGUGACUUCCUGAAAAAUAGAGCUUUUUCUAUAUCUUGGGAUCCUCCUCUUAAUGAGUAAUAAAUCUCAUUAUCGCCUCCAGCAUGCCAGUUUAGCUUUUGGCCAACAGAGGAAGAGUAUUUAAGGAUCAGAAUUUCAAAUCCUAGACUAACACCAUGAUUUGGUGAACAGUAAUGAUCUCUGAGCUUCAGAGGUUUGGAAGUGCCUGCUGCUUCCAAGUGCCGCAGAAGGACUAGCAAGAACGCAUUCACAAGAUCCUCCAGAUCUGGUGGCAAAAAAGAUAGUUCAAUAGCAGUGGUCUUCUUCCUAAGCCAAUGUGCCCAGCACUGAAGCGCUAAUGAUGUCAAACCAAAUCCAUUUGGAAGGAUGUUUGUAUGCCUGGCAUCAUACUCCUGAAGCAACUGUCCUAUUUGGAACUUGGUCACUGCAGGAGAUUCCCAGGAUAACAGCAGAAACGCUUUAGGGAUGUCCUCAAAGCAUCCCCGAAGGGGUCAAACAUUCCUACACUCUCAUCCAGCUUCUGACUUGUGACUAACUAAAAUGGAGAAGGUUUAUAUAGGAAAGCUCCACGCAUAUUGAGACACAUUUUUGGGAGCACCCAGAGGUAUGGUUGAGGUGUCAGAGAUGGUGCACAAACCUCAAAACAACUCAUCUGUCCGGUCCUUUGAGCUCCACCCCCAUCUGGUAUGACUUUGUAGAUCGCACGUUGGAGUUAUUGCAAUCUCGGAAGCCGCUGAAUCAGAGUACAGGCCAGUUACCCUUGAUCCCAAGGGGCUGCUUAAGAAGAAAAGUUAGACGAUUGCAGAUUGACCGGGACCACUGUAGAAAUUCAUGGCUUGUGUCAAUAACAACACCAUGUUCCAUUUAUCUCAUUAACUUAAUGUGGUAAAACGUCCUGAGGCAUUUUACAGGAGUUCUUUCAAACAACAUUUGACAGUAAUAAUGGGUUUGGUAUACUCUUAGACUGUGAAUUACUA